AUGGGUUCUCCGGCGGGCGCCCGGCGGCUGCUCUACCGCAGCACUCGCCUGCUCCGCGCGGCCUUCCAGCACCUCCACCAGCAGCAGCAGCGAGCCGAUGUCUUCUGCGACGCCGUCCUCCAGGCUGAAGGCGGGACGGUGGUGGCCCACUGCUGCGUCCUCUCCGUCUGCAGCCCCUUUUUCAGGGAGCAGCUGCACCAGGAGCUGCCCCCCCGGGGAAAGAGAGUGGUGCUGGAGCUGGGAGGGCUGAAGAUCGGGGUGCUGCGCACGCUGGUGCGCUUCCUCUACACCGCCGAGCUGGAGGCCACGCAGGACGAGGUGCAGGAGGUGCUAGCAGCUGCCCGCCUGCUCCGCGUUACCGAGCUCGAAUCGCUGCAGCUCCAGGCGGGGCGGCUGGUGAGGCUGGGACCCUCGCGGCAGCUCAAUCGCUCCUGCCUGGGCCCGGCGCCGAACGGCUCCCCAGCGGCGGCAGACGACAGGGCUGAGCGCGGGGGGCGCGCUAGCCGCCCCGGGAGCACCGGCGGGUCCCCGCAGGGGCAGUCAGGCUUUCCAGGGGGCGCGCAGCCCAGCCCGGUGGGGCGGGUGAAGCUGCGGAAGGUGGAGAGCAGGGGCUGCUGGGAGGUGGUGCGGGACAGGCAGCCGCCCGCCGCUGCGGCGGUCCCCAGAGGGGAGGGGACAGAAGCGGAGCGACCCCUGGAUGCAGGAGCAUUGGGGCAAGCGAGCAGGCGCCACUCACGCCGGCAGAGCCCCCAGGCAGCCUCGAGGAAGCAGGGCUGUGGGCAGGUGGUGCCCCCGGCAGACCCCAAGGAAGAGGAGGUGGAUGUGGGGACGGUGGAGCCGUGCCUGCCCCCUGGCACUGUCUGUGUCUGGCCCUGCCCCUCCUCCGAGUCAGAUGAGGAGGUGGAUAUCCUCACCUAG